CCGGGCCCGGGCGGCCCUGGGCGGGGUCAAUGAGGAGAGAAGUGGGGGUUUCCAGACGAGUGAGGAAUUGGGCGCGUGGCGUGGGGAACGAGGGUUUCGUGAGGAGAUCGGGGUUCCUUGGCGGAGUUGGGGUUUCCCUUGGGGGGUUGAAGGGCCUGUGAAGAGAUGAGGAGGUUCUUGGAGGAGAUGGAAAAGGAGUUCCGGGAGGAUAUGGAGGUUCUAUGGGGAGAAGGAGGGUUCUGUGUGGAGAUGAGGGUUCCCUAGGAGUUGAAGAGUUCCUUGGCGACUUGGGGGUUUCGUGAGGAGAUGGGGCUUCCUUAAGGAUAGUGAAAGUUCCGUGAGAGAAGGAGAGUUCCUAACGUGAAAGGAUCGGUUCUCAGAGGUGAAGGGGGUGCCUUUGAGGGGAGGAGAGCCACAGAACUUUGCUCCCUUUCGCGCCAAGUCAGCCGUUGCUUCCUGACACCUUUUACCCUGUGACUUAGUCUCCACUGUUGAGGGUCAGUAACUGGUCUGGUUCCCAUCCUGGGGUCCCCAGGAGUAACGGAGUCCCAGAUCUGUUUUUCAUGUUUCAGAAAUCGCAGUGAAAAUUACGCAAUGUAAGACCGAACAAGUCACUAAAAUGCCACGUUUUUUUUUUUUUUAAGUUAGGCUGGGAUUGUAAUAACUCAGAAAUUCUGAUAGAUAGGCCCAUGUCUUUAAUAAUGUGUAAGGAAAAUUCUUUGCUCUUGCCCUCGGUCAGCAUAAGGGGUCAAAACUGUACCCGAGUUGGGAGGCAGCAUUAUGUUUGGCAGUGGGAUAAGCAUGGGCAAUGAAUCAAACCCAGAAAAAUCUAGAUUUAGAUCCUGGCUCUACUACUCAUUCACUGCACGGUCUUAAGCAGAGUUUUAAACCUGUUUGAGAUUCCUUUUCUUCAUCUGUAAGAUACAGCUAAUAAUACUUGCUUCUAGGUUUGUUUGAGGUCCAAAGCAGGUGAUAGGUGUGCAUUGUAGAGUGCCUGAUGCACAAUUCAAUAAAUGGUGGUUAAUUUGAUAGCAAUAAGAACAACGUGGAAAAAGCGAUUACUGAGUAAUGCAAGACAGGAUUGAAUCAAGUGUAGAAUGGUUCAUUGUUACAGGCAGUGUCCAAGUUUGAAUCCUCAGACCUGUUUUCCUUUCUCUUCCUUCUCUGUAUUUUUCCCCAUCAUGAGUUCAUCUGUUUUGCAACUAUUUCUAUAGUAAUAACAUCUGUAUAUUUAGCCCUGGGCCCAGGAUCCCACUUAUGCUCUGGUCCCAAAUUUCAUAGGUCUGUAGAUCAUUUUAUUCACACACCUUGAUGUUAUACCAUAUUUAACAUGACUGUGACCAAUUUUCCCUCCCAAAUCUGCUCUCCCCUUAAUUUUCUAAUCCCUGUCAAUGGCAGUAUCCCAAACUAAAUCUUUCAUCAUCCUCUCCUCUAAUAAAAUCUGUCAACCACAGAUAGAUCUUUUCUAUCUGUAUAUCUCAUUUAAGAUUAUUUAUUGCUUACUGAGCACAAAUUCUGUUUGAUUUGAUGUAGAGACUGUUAUCCCCAUUAUACAAAGAAGAAAACUGAAGCAUAGAGGGGUUAACUAACUUGUACAAGGUCACAAAGCUACAAAGCAGUGGAUCUGGGAUUUGAUCUAAGGUAGUCUUGACUACAGAAUCUAUACUCCUGAUAGCUAUAUUCUUCCUCUUCCCUGACCUCACCGUCUGUCUUUCACCAAAUUCUGUUAAAUACUCUUUCAAAAUGUCUCUGAUUACCUUUUCUUCCAUUCCCAAAGAACCUUUUAAUUCAAGGAAGCAGCCUCUUAAUUGGUUCUCCUGUCCCCUGGUCUCACCCACCUUCAAUCUCUCUCCUACUGUUAUCUAAAAUAAACACUAUUAGAUUGAUACCUGGAAACAUUGCUUUCAUAUGUCACUUCAAAAACUUCCAGUAUUUCUCUGUUUCCUCCAAUUUCAAAUUAAAAUUCUGCCUUUCUUUCAAGGUCUGGGUAACUAGCUCCACCCCACCCCUCUAUUCUUAACUUCUGCUAUUCCCUACCACACCCUUUAUUCUAGAUAAGUCGUUCUCACUGAUACACUGGAUACACAAAAGUUUCUUUUCCAUCUCUUUGCCUUUUCCCAUUUCCUUCUGCUCCUCUCUACCUAGUCAAACUCCACCAGUUCCACACAGCAUUCCCUGAUCAUUCAGUCCAUGCUCAUCUUUUAAUCUUCUGAACUUCUUCUGUACUUAGAAUGUGUGUCAACAGAACAUCCAGAUUUCAGCACCUCUACCAAAACAAAACUAAGCGAUCAUAAAACUCAGUUUUCUUCAUCCUUAUUGAUACGCAUAAAUGUGGUUCAUAAAUAGUUUUACAUAAUCGAUGCCUACUCUUAUCACUUAAAAAUAUUUUUGAGUGUAUACAUGUACUUGAUGUAGUUGUAACAACAGAUCUGAUUUUGUAUACUGGUUUCCAGCUGUGUGGUCCUUGGGAGAGUUUCCUCUGUUUCCUGAGCUUUGGUUUUCUUAUCUAUAAAAUUAGGAUAAUUGAUGUGUACUUCAUAGGGCCAUAUAAAAAUUUAAUGAGGCCUUUUGGCUCAUUGCAUCUGAGAGAGCAAGAUGGGUCCCAGCAGCUAUUCUGGAGCCAUCUUAGGAAGUUUGGCCAGGGUUCUCCUUGCUGCCUAUGCUCAAAACAGCAUGGUCUGAUUGGGCAAUAUAGCCUCAUUAUGGGCUGCCAGCGUUUCCAUCAGUACAUGAAGGAUAUAGACUUCAUUAAGUUGGAUUAAGUAAGCUUCUUUGAAUGGGUCAUCCAAGAUACCUACCUUAACUGCAGAUAUCCAGGAUACCUACUUUAAUGCUAACCCAUUGUACUUAAAAUAAAAUUAUGAGUGUUUUAAUAUGAAAAAAAAAAUAGAUUCAAUGAGGGAUACCUGGCUGGCUCAGUCAAUAGAACAUGUGACUCUUGAUCUAGGGGUUUUGAGUUUGAGACCCACCUUGCAUGUAGAGAUUACUUAAAAAUAAAAUCUUUUUGACAAAAAGAUUCAGUGAGAUUAGCCCAGUGCCUGGUACAGGAAUGGCAUUCACUAAAAUGCCACCUCCCAUUUUCUGUCUCUUUAGUGGCCAUUUAGUAUUCUGUUGUAUUACUACUAGUAUUACUAGUUUUCAUCAGGUUUUUUUUUUUUUUAAUUGUUGGUGAUGGGUAUUAAGGAGGGCACGUAUUUCAUGGUGC